GUUAUAAAAGGAUGCGGGCCAGUCGCUGAGGUGGAGGGAGGGGGUGGCUGGUAAUAUUGGAUGUUAGGACGGUAGAGUUGGAGAGUGAUAAACGCGCUUACGCCCACACAUCUAUUUGUCUAUAUAUAUCUCUCUCACACAAACAGAUACGUACAUAGUGUUAGAGAGAGCGACAGCAGGCUUCGGGAGAAACCGGACCUUUUAGGCAAGCGUGGAGCAGAGCGGAGCGCCUGAGCGAGACUCAUUCUUCAAUGAGUAAGCACAUCCCUCAGUUCUGUGGUGUUCUAGGUCGCACAUUUAUGGAGUUUCUGAAGGGCAGUGGAGACUACUGCCAGGCACAGCACGACGUCUAUGCAGACAAGUGAACUGUAAAAGUCUACUAUUAUUCCACUUAAGAAACCCUUCAAGCAGGUUACCAGCAGCUGGGAAGAAUAAUUCAUCGAAGACCAUAUCUGGAUGGGGUAACCAAGUGUGCUCUUUUUUUGUUGGUCACAGUAUUACUGGAUUGAAGAUUUGCUGCUUGUCAAAAGCAUCAUCAAAAGCCUUUGUUUUGCGCUUUUUCUAAGAAAAUGGCUCGGAUGAAUCGUCCAGCACCUGUGGAAAUUACCUACAAGAACAUGAGAUUUCUGAUCACACACAACCCUACCAAUGCAACCUUAAAUAAAUUCAUAGAGGAGUUGAAGAAGUACAGUGUCACCACAGUAGUUAGAGUAUGUGAAGCAACCUAUGACACGUCUCCAGUUGAAAAAGAAGGCAUUCAGUUUUUGGACUGGCCGUUUGAUGAUGGUGCUCCACCUUCCAACCAGAUUGUGGAUGAUUGGCUUACCCUUUUGAGAGCUAAGUUCCGUGAAGAGCCAGGUUGUUGCAUUGCUGUCCAUUGCGUAGCUGGUCUUGGACGGUAUGUACUAUUCCUCAGGCUUUUAUUGCAUGUUUUUAAUACGAUGGUUGUGAAUCAGGCAGGCCAGCAUAAAUGUGCUAAAUUAACUUCUGUUAUAGUGUAGUCCAGCUUGCAUUUGUGUACUAAUAUAGAAACUAUUUUGGAGAGGGAUAAAAAUGAAGUCUCGGAGUGAAGGAGUAAUUGUUAUGCCACAAUCUGCAUUGAACAAUCUUUCAAUCAAAGUUAGGUUGUUGUAUGUGGUUAAGGUUGAAAAAGGGAAAUUUCCAGAAUGCAACAGAGGCAGCUGAACACCCUCAGUUAAACAGGAGGAGAGGAUAUAAAGCCUGAGAAUAGAAGGGUGUUGGAGGUGGGAACAAUGUAACAAUUGUGGCUGUUUGAGGGAUGCUGCUGGUGUGGGUUGAAUACUGACAGCUGGGUCUUUUCAUUACUGUGUGGAGAGUGCAGCAUUGAAAUCAAAUUUCUAUCUUAAGAAUAGAUUGAGCUAGCUUAUUCCUUUUUCCAAUCUAUUGAAAGGACUUGAGUAAGUUCAAUCAGAAGCAUACUUGAUGAUGACAUAGGCAGUUGCAAAAAUGGAGAAAUCUACCAAUCAAAGCCUUAUUCCCCAAGGCUGAUGCCCUAACCCAUUCAUGCUGUUGCUAUUACAGUGCUUCAGUGUCGCAGCUUCACAUCUAUUCAUUGAUAUCUCGUGGCACUGCUUAUAAUCAGAUGCUUGGAAAUGGCAUUCUUUUCAAUUUAUUAAUCUUCUGCAUCUGCUCCUUCACUUCUUAGGGCUAUCUUUUGCUCAUGUCAUUGUCCUUCCUUAUGCAUUUUAGUUCUCUUGUCACAUUUUCCACCAACCCUCUUAAGAGCAAUCCAAUGUGGUUACAGUGCAUGGAAUUGGGCAGAUACUGAGGUGGGAAUUAUUCAUGUUGCACUACGUUUGAA